UAAGACACUAAAAGUCAAGAGAGUGUAUUGACUAUUGAGCCAGCUAACCUAGGAGAGAGAAAUCUGAAAUUUCAAUAAAGAGACAGUGAGAGACCAAGCAGCCAUUUUUCCCCUUUCUCCAUCCUAUUGUCUUCUUCUCUUGAUUCUUCAUUAAGGUGGUUAUUAUAUCACCAUGAGAAUAGAAACGUGCUGGUUUUGUUCCUCUAAGGUAUAUCCCGGUCAUGGGAUCCAGUAUGUUCGCAAUGAUGCAAAGAUAUUUAGAUUUUGCAGAUCCAAAUGUCACAAGAACUUCAAAAUGAAGAGGAAUCCGCGUAAGGUUAAAUGGACCAAGUCAUACCGAAAAUUACAUGGAAAGGAUAUGACACAGGACUCUACUUUCGAGUUUGAGAGGAAGCGAAAUAGGCCAGAAAGAUAUGACAGGAAUGUUGCCGAAAAUACAUUGAAGGCAAUUAAGACUAUUUCCAAGGUCAGAGCUUCCAGAUACGACACUCACAUAAAGAAAAGGAUGAUGGGGAACAAACGCAAAGAGCUGGACAGAGACAGGAAAGAAGUGCGACAAGACAUCGACAUGGUCAAGGCUCCUUCGGCCCAAAACAAAGAUCCUUCUUUCACUUUACCAAAGAUCAAAAUCAAGAAUUCACAGCCACUAGAAGAAAAUCAUGCAAUGGAAGAGUAGUUUGUGAGACUUUACUAUUAAUUGAACCUAUUACACUGUAUCAGUCAAUCUGCUUUUUUUGUUGUCACUGUGGUUGUAUUACAAAGAUGAUUUUUCUGUUCCUUAGCAAAAAAAUCGAAAGAAAUGCUUCCA